UCUGGAGCUUUGGUUGGUGGGGAAUCGGAAAACAGGAGCUAGGGCAGAGUUUGGCGUCGGGUAGGGGAGCGUCUGCUAGAGUCGGAUCGAGCGGCUUGGUGGAGAUCGGAGGAAGGAGCUCGGCUGCGAGUGAGGUAACUUUUUUCCGGACGUUACAACAUUUUGAUCUGAAGCAACGACGGUAGCUCGCUCGCUGUGAAGGGUCGGUUCAGUUUACAUUUCUACAGAUCUAAUGCUUCGACAUCAAUUGUCGCUUUGAGUCGGAGAUCUGAUCGGUAAUAUUCGUCCUCUCUCGGAUCACUCCGACAUCAAUCGCUCCUUCGAACCUCGGAGAUCUCGUCCGCAAGCGUAUUCUGCUCUUCUAAUGGAGCCUUACCCUUCGGUUAAAAACAUUCUUCUUCUCGACUCCGAGGGGAAGCGUGUUGCUGUUAAGUACUAUGCUGAUGAUUGGCCCACUCAAGCUGCAAAGCUAGCAUUUGAGAAAUCUGUUUUCACCAAGACUCAAAAGACAAAUGCUCGAACUGAAGCUGAGAUAGCUAUGUUUGAUGGCUACAUUGUUGUUUACAAGUUUAUUCAGGACCUCCAUUUUUUUGUUACUGGUGGGGAUAAUGAGAAUGAGCUUAUAUUAGCAACUGUACUUCAGGGAUUCUUUGACGCAGUUGGUCUUAUUCUCAGGAACAAUGUAGACAAGAGGACAGCACUUGAAAACCUGGAUCUGAUUCUUUUGUGCCUCGAUGAAAUUAUUGAUGGAGGGAUCAUAUUGGAAACUGAAGCUAGUGUCAUUGCUGGGAAGACCACCUCAGAUAGCCUUGAUGGGAUGUCUUCAUUAUCCGAGCAGACUAUAUCGCAAGCCCUUGCAACAGCACGAGAACACUUAGCAAGAUCCCUUCUUAAGUGAUGAGAUGAGACUGUCUCUUCCAUUUGAGUUGAUCCAUGGAUUGAGCAGCCUCUGAAGAUUUCAUUCGUCAUAUUUGUUUCUUUUAAAAAAAAAGAACGUUGAGUUCAUUUUGAACUAUGUUAGGAUUAAGAUGAUUUUUCAUAUCUAAUUCCUGCAAAUGAAGUUUUUAUGAGGAGCAUACUCAGUGAUUGCAAUAUGAAACUAAGCUGCUGGGAAGAGAAUUAAUAAGGGUCUAAGAAAUUUGUGAAGAGAA